GUUGAACCUCAUCCGCUGAUGAACCAGUGAUGAUCGGUUUGCGGCGGAUUUCACGGACGCGGUUCGUCGGGACCGGAAGUGUCCUCCUGGGCCGCCUGCAGCUCGUCGGUGAAGCUCAGGUAUCUGCUCCCGCAACUAACAGGCUGCUCCUCGGUCUCAUGAACAUGUUGCUGUGUGUGGCUGCUGCAGGACACGUGGACGACAUCUGUCCCUCCAGCUGUGACUGUGGGACACCUGCAGUGCAGCGAGAGAGACCACUGUGCACCAAGAGAGACGAGGUGAACUUGGCGGAGGAGGCCAGCAGGAGGUACGGCUCCUCGGCUCCGACCAUCUUCUCCAAAGUGAUUGACAGAAGCAUCCCUGCAGAUAUUAUAUAUGAAGAUGAGAAGUGUUUGGCAUUCAGGGAUAUCAGCCCACAGGCCCCUGUUCAUUUCCUGGUCAUUCCGAGGCUCCCUAUUCCCAGAAUAAGCGAAGCCACAGAUGAUGAUGCUGAGCUUUUAGGACAUUUGCUGGUUGUCGCCAAAAAUGUUGCAAAGCGAGAAUCGCUGAAAGAAGGAUACAGAGUGGUGAUCAACGAUGGAAAGCACGGUGCUCAGUCAGUUUACCACCUUCACAUCCACGUCCUGGGAGGAAGACAGAUGACGUGGCCUCCAGGAUAAUGGCGUCAUGUGUACGCUAAUGUAUCUGUCAGCUAAGAUACUUUUAUGUGUUUAAUCUCAUGAGCGCAACAUAAUAUCCGAUUGAUGUAGUUAAUCCAAAGAAAAUGAAAUCCUCAUUCCAUUUCCUGAACUUAAAACUCACCUCACAAGAUAUGUGAUGUAAAUAUGUUGAUGAAAAGUUGAUCAUGAAGAGUAAAGAAAUUAUGUUUGAUACAACUGCAAAUAAAGAUUAUAUUUCAAAAUGUGAAA